AUGCUCUCCGCGCAUCAAAUUUACCGAAAAAGUCCAUAGCUUCCGCUUCCGGCCCGCGCCUCCGAUACGUACGUAAAAUAUCGCCUUUUACCCCUAUUCUCCAAUUUUUCUUUUUCCCCAAAUUCUCCCCGCUUCUCCGUACUGUGCGCGCCUCGUGCGUAAUUCCAGAUUGAAUCCACGAGAAAUCUAGGAUUUUUUAGGGUUUUGAUCUUGAUAUCACGCGGUCAGCUCAAAUCCCAUCCCAAUUCUACGUGUAAAUUCUACGAGUGCGGCGCUCACCGAUCUGGGUUUCUCUUUGGGAUCAAUCGAGGUCGCAGAUGGAGAGGCUGUUUUGAGGAAGGUGGGAUGAGCGGAGGGAAUUGAGUCCGUGCGUGAGAGAGUUGUUGGAUUGGAUUGGAUUGGAUUGAUUGAUAGGAUGGAGGGGUCGCAGGGUGGAUCGGGAUCGAAUUCCCCGGCGCCUUUCCUCACGAAGACGUAUGACAUGGUGGAUGACCCGUCGACGAAUUCCAUUGUGUCGUGGAGCCCCGGCAAUACCAGCUUCAUCGUGUGGAACCCGCCGGAGUUCGCAAGGGAUUUACUGCCCAAGUACUUCAAGCACAACAACUUCUCCAGCUUCGUCAGGCAGCUUAAUACUUAUGGUUUUAGAAAAAUAGAUCCCGACCAGUGGGAAUUUGCAAAUGAGGAUUUUGCAAGGGGACAGAGACAUCUCUUGAGAAAUAUUCAUAGACGCAAGCCAAUACACAGCCAUUCUCUGCACCACCAAGGCAGCUCAGGGCCAUUAGCAGAAACAGAAAGACAUGAGCUUGAGGAGGAAAUUGAGAGGCUCAAGCAUGAUAAGCUAAUGCUUAUAUCAGAGCUUCAGAAGCACACUCAGCUACAGCAUGGAAUGGAGCAGAAAAUGCAAACUUUAGAGGAGAGAUUACAUGAUAUGGAGCACCGCCAAAGAAAUUUGCUGGCCUUCUUGACCCAAAUCGUACAGAGACAUGGAUUCCUCUCUGACUUUGUACAGCAAUCUGAAUUUCUCAGCAAGAAGAGGAGACUGCCGAAAACCAGUUACUUCUACGAGGAUGCUAAUAUGGAAGAGAAUUGUGUUAUAUCUCAGAGUAAGAGCAGAGAGGAAUCAAACAUGGGAUCUAUGCAUGCGGUGGACAUAGAGCCAUUUGAGAAGAUGGAAUCAUCCUUGAAUUCGUUGGAGAAUUUUUUCAGAGGUGUAAGUCAAGCUUCUGGUGAAGAUGUGUAUUAUGACUGUGCUUUACAUUCUCUGCCAUCUGGUGCGGUUCUUACAGAGAUGAAUGCAUCAUCAGAGGACACUGAGGUGAACUUGCGCUCACCAUCACCUAAAUUGCACCCUUCUUCACCUUGUUUGGGAGACAUGCAUUCGUCUCCAGAGCUGACAGAAUCUACGAGUUAUGCAGAAAGCCCAGCUCUACCCUUAACAGAGAUUCAAACAGAUACAAGGAUUAAAGUUUCUGAGAUAGAUGUGAAUUCAGAGCCUGCUGCUCCUGAGGUUGAUUCAUCAAGGGAGAGAGCUGCUGGGGCUGCAGCUUCUACUGUACCUACUGGUGUAAAUGAUGUAUUCUGGGAACAAUUUCUUACAGAGACUCCCGGUUCCUCUGACACCCAGGAGGUCCAAUCAGAAAGACGGAAUACAGAUGACAGGAGAUCUGAAGGAAAGAUGGGAGAGAGGGGAAAUAUUUGGUGGAGCAGGAAGAAUGUCGACCACCUUGCAGAAAAGAUGGGGCAUCUCACUUCAGCUGAGACAACCUGAUGAUAGUUCUUUUGUUUAAGAUUUGAAAGUUUUGGUGGUAGCUUUUGCAACUUGGCAUUGAGGUAUGACUGGUUAUAUUUAUGUAAGAUAAAGAUGUUCCAUGUUCAGUUUGUAUCUCUCUUGCUUGCAUCACUAGUACCAAGCUAAUUUGUUGAUUUACUGUUAUGCUAUUUCAUGAAUUUGUAGAUUCAUUGUGGUGUUAGUGACAGUAAGCAUUAAGCUAGAUUUUAGUUUACCUCCUGUAGCUUAUCACCCAAAAAGAAGGGGAAAACAUUCUAGUUAUUUUCUUGCAUGUUUCAUGUUAAUUCAAACUCCUACAAUAUUCGUGUACUGAAGAUGAAAUAUAUGUUAACAACCGAAAGUGUCAUUAAUAGGCACCCAAAGCAUUGUGGUGAAUGUAUUUUGAACCUCUGAAGGCUCUAACUGACAUAUUAGCGGAAGCUCAUAUGUUGCACAAAUAUUAGGUAAAAUGAUAAAGAAACUAAUAGAAAUUCAAUAUUCAUGCAUAAUUAAUGCCAAAGAUCUCAAUAUAGGAACUUGGAUAUGCAUGGAGAAAUUAGGAAAAUAUUUGCAACUUGGGCAAGCUCGGUGGGGCCAAAUAUAAUUUCAGGCUCAACUUAAUGUUACUUUUUUAUGUUCCGUGAUCAACAUGCCCAUUUAGUUCAAGAUCUGUAAUCUGGCCUUUCCUAACUUGGACUGUGUGUUGGUUUGCACAUAAGAAGCCUGAAUUCAACUCAAAUGCCACUGAUUUGAUGACCAUCUUUAUUUUCACUUUCACAGCAGAAAAAAAUGGAUUUUUUCUUCCUGUCCCAAGGGUGUACUUUUGUCAAGUAAAGCUGUUACUUUGUAUUGUCAUAAUUUCAGAAAUGUGUAGAGUAUAAAGUCUAUCCAAGUCAUUGGCAUAUAAAGCCGUGAAUAUCAAGAUUUUCAUGGAUCAGUAAUUGAAAUGGAACAUUUUUGUUUAUCGGUAUCUAUUCUUAGUAGCUACUAUAGUUCCAUUACAAUUUUUAUUCAAAAAUCAUCUAUUAUGUUGCCCAUGUGAUGCACUAAUUGAAUUGAACUGUUUUGUGCUGUAAUUAUACUAAACUUUGAUGGAAAACAUACAUUAAUUGUAAGAUAAUAAUUGUGCUACUAUAUUUUGUGAAACUGCAUUAGUGGUCGGAUAUUUGCAAUCUGCACGUAUGAUAACUGCAAUAGUUAGUCCAUACAAAUUCACUAAUGCUCGAUGCUAUUGGACUAGUAGAAUCUGAUGUUUUGAUCAUUCUGUUUGCUGUUUAAAGAUUUCUUCACAGCCCAUGAUGUGUAAUCCUUUGUAGAAAGGAUAAGGAUAUUUCUUGUUCCUCUGGCCGUGUCUCUGAUUCAAACUGAAGUGAAGGACUGCAUCUGGCUUCCUUUGCUCCAUUUGCAUGCAAUCCCUCAUGAUAAAAUCUAGAAAAUUUUCUUUAGGCGCAUGUUUGGACCAUUGGCCCUUCUCCGGUACAUGUUUUAUGAGUUCUAAAGAGCAAUGGAGCCUUCUUCUUUGUGAUUUUGAGUACGUAACAAUAAAAUUCGACCAAAUUUUGAUCAACUCCCCUUGAAGUUUAAUGAAGAUUUUGGAUUGAUUGGAUUCUUUCUUGGUUAAUGAGACCACCACCACAAGUAACAACAGUAUUUUCUAUUGUCUUGCAACUCCGUAAAGAUUUAGUUUCUUUUAAAGGUGUCCAAUGCUUUAUGCUAAAUAAAUAAUUACUCUCUUUUUUUUCCUUCUAGGGACGUAGAUAAGGUUUAAGAUGGGGCGAUUCAAAGGGGCUCAUAUAGCUUGUUAUCGUGUUAUAAUAAUUCUUCAAAUUUGAUCAAGAGUUUAGAUAUUAACUUUAGGUAUGGAGAUUUAUGGGUCGGUGGAUGACUUAUAUAACUAAGAUUAUGACAUUGUCUGAUUGCAGUAAUUGAUGAAAGGUCUAUGAUGAUCUAUGUUGGUCCUUCAUGAAGCCACUAAGUAGUUUGGAUGGGAGUUUUAAGAAAAUGACAGGGAAAAGUAAAUAUGCUAUGGAUGUUUCAAAGCCUAUUUAGAUGUCAAUGAAAAUGACACUUCAUCACAAAUGAAGAUUGGGAGUUGUUUUUUCUUUCCCCUUUUUUUUCUUGAAGUUGUUAGUUAUUUGAUGGUAAGAUGGGGUGCUCUUUCUCUAGUCGAUAAGUAUAGGAUUGUUUAAUUAGCUGGUUCAAAGUCUCAGGAAACUUAAGAACCAGAAUGGGCUACAAUAAUCAUAAAAUAAGGUUGACGGUUGGUUUGUUUUAGAGAUGUGUUUUGAGGCCUUUGGAGAUGGGACGCUAAUAGGUGUCUACAUUGGGAAAUAGCCGUGGAGGAGUCAUGUAAUAGUUAAUGUCCAACAAGGAAUAUUUUUGGUGGAUUAAAGGGAUUUCAUUUAUUGAAGUUUUUGCACCAUCUCCUGUGAUCCAUAUGUUGAUGAUGUCUACUCUAUUACGAACAACGUGGAGAGUCAGAUGAGAUGCUAUGGACAUGUAUAAUGAAGAUUUUGAGACUCCAAUGUUGGCUAAUAUUUAAUAAAUGAUGUAGGAAGAAAAAGAGAACACCUAAGGUGGCAUGGAUGGAACUUUCAGUAAAGGAUUUGGAACAAACUUGCAAUAAUAUCAGAGGUGGCCUUUAACUAGAAUGGUUGGUGAAUGAGAAUUCAUAAUGACCGCCCCAAUAGUUGGAACAAGUUUCGAUGUUUAUAUAUGAUGAAACAUUUUUUUGGGCUUAUUAUGUUGUGUAUACAUGUUUCAAGUUAGGUUUGGGUAUCAAGUGGAUCUUGCUGAGAGUAGGAUUGUGGGCUCAAAUAUAAUUCUGCGAAAAGUUCCCGUAUGACUAGCUUGAUAAAGUGUGCUUAAUAGACUCUCACCCUUUUUCUUUUUCCUUAUUAGGUAUUCACUAGUUGAUGCUUCCCUUCGAUUAGAACCCAAUAAAAUGUCACAAUAGAGGGUUGCAUUAUUAGCUCUUUAUAACAGUUUCUUUGUAAUGCUCGAUAGGCAUGAGUGCCAAGUAAAAAAAGGUGCCAUGUUAUAGGACAUCACAUCCUAAAACACCUGAAACAAAGACACUUCCUUUGAAUAUAUGAAGAUGUACAGAAGUUAUUUAGUAUACGAAUUUAUUGUUCUAUUAUAUUAAAGAUGUUAUGAUCCUCUGUUUCUGAUUUUUUUUUACUUGCAAUGUCUGGCAUUGAUGGUGUCAACUGAACCAAAAUUUUCCUUUGGAUACUCAUGAAGUUCUAAUGUUUUCCCCCGAAAAGAUGAACUCCUCAUUGAUGACUGUACAUAAGAUGACACUACAUGCAGUAGCCCUUAAAUUGGUGUGUCACACGAGACAUGCAUCAAAGUGAAACAUAUAAGAGGACAUGUCUAUCCUUUGUCCAUUACUUACUCUUAUUUAAGUCCAGCCUCGGGAAUCUUUUUUUAUAUAUUUUUAAUUUCAAGUUGCCUAUUGUGAUGUAUUCCUUAAAAAAAUGCCUAAGAUGAUGGUAGAAAAAUUUAGAAAAUCAAAAAAAAAAAAGAUUGAGGGAUAAUGCUGAUGGGGCUGCAUAAUAACAGUUCGGUGAAACUAUGUCUUGAAUAGAAGACCAGAACCAGUCACCUCAAAUGAUCUUGAUUGCAUUAUGAGAAAAAGUAGAGUUCCAAAAGAUGUCGAUGGGUGGUUAUGCAAGGCCUAUAGAGGGAGAUUCACUAUUUUAUCAGAAGCAGCAUUUCAAGUUGGGAGAGAAGUUUGGAAAGGUUGCAGAUUUGAACUUUGAGCAGAGAUAUAGGCGACCAUAAAACUUCAUUGGGUUUUACUGGAGAGGAAUUUGAGGGGGUCUUUGGAAAGAAAAAUUUUCUGGAAACUAAGGUUACCAUAAAACUUCCUUGGGUUGAGGUGCGAAUUUCUUCAAUCACAUAUAGGUAAAGCUACAUGUAUUUAUUUUGGCCAAUUCACAUCUUUAUUUUUCUUUUUUUUGGUGAGGUAGGAUUUUGCAAAUGUUGCAGACUGCAAUGUUUAUUUUUUUGACAAUGGCCUGCAAAGGAAGUGGUCAGUGGAAAGUCCCGUUCCGAGAACGUUUUCUGUUUCUAUUUACACAUCACUCUUCUUUGGUUUCCCUGUUGAUCCUUGUUAUAGAUGCUACCCAGUUGUUGAAGUCCUCUUUAUAGUUAGGAAACCUAAAGGGAACCAUAGAUGCUUUAAUUGAAAGCUCUCUCUUCAUCUGUCCCACCCUCAGAGCCAAGGUAGGGGAAUUCCCAGAGGACUACUAGCUCUCAAUUUCGAAAGUUAGGCCAUCAUC